UUUGAUGAGUCGUGUUGCGUCAGUGCCUCCCUAAGUGAUAAGAGAGAUUGCAUGCACGUUGUAAAGUAGUUCUUUACGAAACAUUCAAUUUGUAAAAAAGACGAUCAUUUAAGUUGUGAGAAUUAUAUUGUACGAUAUGCCUGAACARAAAGCCGAUCGAAUGAAGUUUUGGCUUCGCGCUGAGUGUAAACCGAAAGAACGACGAACACCUUUGACUCCGAACGCKUGUUCACAUCUUCUUAAUGCAGGACAUGAAGUUGUUGUAGAAAAAUCCGCAGACCGUUGUUAUCCUAUUGAGGACUACGAGAGUCUUGGUUGUAAAAUUGUUGAACAAGGAUCUUGGCCAAGUGCUCCAAAAGAUGCUUAYAUUAUUGGAAUAAAGGAACUGCCGGAUAGUGACGAACCAUUGAUCCAUAGACAUGUAUAUUUCGGUCAUGCUUAUAAGGGCCAAGAUGGCUGGAGAGAACUGUUAUCAAGGUUUCACUCUGGUGGAGGUGAGCUUCUUGAUGUGGAAUAUAUCGUCGAUGACCAAGGUGUUCGUGAAGUAGCAGAGUUUGGUCCAAUGGCAGGGCUUUGUGGCUGUGCACUUGGAGUAGCGGUAUGGUGUCAUCAACAACUCAACCCAAACACAGAGUUUCCAAGUGUCACACCAUAUCAUUCUGAAGAAACACUUGUCAACCACCUUAGAAAUCAAUUACAAGCAGUAGCAAAGAAACGAGGUGUUACUUCAGUUUUUCCUAAAACACUCAUCAUUGGUGGGAGUGGCCGAUGUGGCAGAGGGGCUUCUUACAUCUUGGAAAAAAUAGGAUUCCCCAGUGAAUGUGUAACAAAGUGGACCCGUGUGAACACCAAAGGUGGAGGACCAUUUCCUGCUAUUCUGGAAUUUGACAUUUUUGUCAAUUGUAUUUUCCUCUCUAAGAAAAUCCCACCAUUUCUAACUAAAGAUAUGCUACUAACAGAUAACAGGAACUUGACAGUCAUUUCUGAUGUGAGCUGUGACUGUACGAGUCCUGACAAUCCAAUUCCUUUGUACGAWACUGUAACAACAUUUAGUGAUCCAGUUCAUCAUAUUGCUUUGAGUCACUGCAGCAAGGWAAUGGAUAUCAUAGCCAUUGACCAUCUGCCAUCAUUACUGCCAAGAGACAGCAGUGACAAAUAUGCUCUUAAACUGCUACCAUUUUUGUUAAAGCUUGACCAGGCGGAUACAUUCCCUGUCUGGAUGCGUGUAAAGGAAAUAUACCRACAAAAGCUUAAACAAGCAUUAGCAGGAACUAUUGUUCGCAGGCGCAGGACAUCAACGGCUAGAGAAGAAAUGGAGGACUCUUCGUCAUCCUCAUCUGACAGUGAAUCAAGCCACGCUGAUCAAUAAUUAGCGAGAAUUUUWUUUUAUUUUGAGCACUUCUCACAGCAUAUACUAUAUAUUUACAAUAUGUUCCAAGAACAAAGACAGCUGAAGAAUGCAUUAUUAUGCUGUCGCUAACUGAAUUACAGUAUCAGACGUUUAUAAUGCUAUAUGUAUAAUUAUUCUGUAUGAAAAGAUAUCUCACUCGUUGGCUGCGCUCACUYGUGAGAUAUCAAUUGAACACUCGAAGAUAAAAUUUGUAUCUCCUCGUGCCCAUGUAAUAUCUUCUAUAUAUCUAGAUCAUAUACAUGUUUAAUGCACUUUCCUGUUAUACUUGUAGCUUGAUUUCUUAAAGAAAUAUUAAUUUAUAGCUACACAGUCAUGUAGUUCAUAUUGAGUACCUGUCACAGGGGGAUGUAUUAAUUCAAAGUCAACUUGGCUGCAAUAUUACCAAAUAAUAAAUAUUUUAUUUACAUGUA